AUGAUGGGGAGAGGGCGGGAACAACAACAUCGGCCAGAGCAAACCACUGUGAUAGCUGCCCCGGAUAGAUUGCAAAUGAAGCCGGCAUACUCGGCCGAGCCAGAUCUACAUUCACUUGGCUUCACGGAGAAGUUGUGUUUGCAAUGUAACCAUCAGGGGUGGUGCAACCAUUCGCUAGGGCAGAUCUUACCCUCAGUUCCAGUCAGCAAAAAGUCAGGCUCUAAUUUCUUUCGCCGUGUGACAUUUGAAAGGUGUGAAAGGGUUACUUCCCGUCUCGACCCGCCAACCUGCCUUCAAUUUAUUCUUAGAGUCAGUCCCACGCGAGACUCUUUGUUCACGGACACUGUUGAAGACACGUUCCACCUCUGUUGCAGGUGUAGUGGACAAAAUUGCGUAAGUGCAAAGCCUUAUCACGAUGUGCGCAAAGUAUUUGGCUCAUGCUCGAGAGAUCAGUUUUCACUUUUGUCACUCGCAGAAACGACGUUCUUCUGCCACGUUGGGCAUGAAUGGUUCAAACGGACCUUCCGAGACUGUCCUUGGAGGUUGCGCCGAGAUUAUGCUCCAUCCUCCAUGAUAGUAUUACGAUCAAAUAAGCAAGGGGGGUGGGCACUGAAAUGUCCACGAUUUCUUCAAUUCGUCGCUCGGGCCAUUGCUGUACUGGGCCAGAAUUGCCUUGGUCCGUCUGGAGCAGAUCUUUCCAGAGUAGUGAAUAUACGGAGGACACUCUGCACAGCAACCUGGCUAUCAAGGGCAUAUGGUCUAUGGACACCACCAAAGGCCUAA